AUGGUGACACUGACCCCACGAGCUAAUUUCCACUACGGUGACCACGAAGCUCGUUUAGUAUAUCGAAUGCGCCAGAUGCGUAUCCAACCACUUCUUCAGCAAACGCCUCUAGCCUACCUACAUCAUGAACUAGCCGAAAGCUCUCAUUUUUCCAUCAUGGCAGAGACUCUCGCAUUUCUGCAACCUCAGUACAGCCGCCCACAUAUGGGACUGCCACGCUUCGACAAAGCUGGCGUAAUAGAGCGCAACGGCAGACAUGAGGCCGUUAACAUCGGCCUGCUGAAAUCGGAGCAUCUGACAAUGGUCCUACACUCGUAG